AUGGCAGAUGAUUUGAGAAACUAUAAACUACAAUUGCAGCAGGUGGAAGCAGCUUUACUUACUGAUGCCCAGAAUGAGGAGUUGCUGAAGUUAAAGGCUGAUUUGGAAGAAGUAAUUGCAUUAACACAAGAUUUAAUAAAAACUCAAGAUGGUGAUUCAAAAGUAUCAAAUAUUCAUGGUUCUAGUAAUGAUCAUGAUGUUACAGCAUCCCUGUUGGAGGCGGAGGAUGAUGAAGUUACACAGAAGUACUUAUCAGGCUGGCAAGUUGGUGAAAGGUGCAUGGCAAAAUGGAGAGCAGAUGGGCAAUUUUAUGAAGCUGUCAUUGAAGAUGUUGGAGAAGAAAACUUAAAAGUUAAAUUUGAUGGUUAUUCCACACUAGAAGUAGUCAAUAUAGACGAUGUAAAAACAAUUGGCACAGGCUUAAAACGACCUCACAGUGGAGAUGAAAGCAAACAUGGAAAAGGUUACAACAGAGAAUAUCUAAAAAAGAAGAAACAGAAAAAGCAACAGAGAUUUAAGCAAAUUGAAGAAGAAAGAGAAAGUGAAAAAAAUAAGUGGCUCUCAUUUCAUUCUAAGGCUGCUAAAAAGCCUGGUGUAAGGACAAAAAGUAUAUUUGCGUCUCCAGACAAUUUGACAGGAAGAGUUGGUAUUGGAACCUGUGGAAUUUCAGGUAAACCAAUGACUGAAUAUACACCUGGUGAGAAAUGGAAGAAAGGUGGACAAUAA